AUGUCAGCACCACGAGGUCCCCCGCGCAAGGCUCGACAGUCGGGUUAUGCACUCUGGGUUGGUAACCUCCCCUUCAGCGCCUGCAUCAUCGCCCUGAAGGAUCACUUCUCCCGGGACGCAUGGCAUGAUAUCGAGAGUCUUUGCUUGUUGUCUUCGUCGAGCUGUGCGUUCGUAAACUACCGUUCCGAAGAGGCGGUCCUGGCUGCCCACCAACGUUUCAACGGAUCGCGUUUCGGGCCUGUCCGACUUCUAUGUCGUGUCCGCAACGGCAAGGAACAGAAGCCCUCGAGCCGCGGUAGCCCGAUCGCUUGCCCGCCCGGAUUGCAGCAGCCCACCGAAGGCGGAGCUGUUCAAGAAAUCGCCGACGAUCUCGCCGAGAUGACCAUCACACCCGAAUCGAGCUCUGUCAGGGAUGCUGCCUCACCCGUGCAGACUCUCGCGACCCCGCAGAAGGCUGGCGAUCGUUACUUCAUCGUCAAGAGCCUCACACUUCAAGACCUGCAAGUCAGCCUCAAGAACGGACUUUGGGAAACGCAACCGCACAACCGCAUCAUCCUCGACGAGGCGUUUGAUUCGGCCGACAACGUCUACCUCGUCUUCUCCGUCAACAAAUCCGGCGAGUACUUUGGCUACGCACGCAUGGUGUCACGAUCAUUCGAGCAGGACGAAGCGGCGACCAACUCCUCGACCGAGACCGGUGCGAGGGUAGAGCCUGAAGUUGACCACAACGCCGGCUUGAUCAUCGUACCUACCGCCGCGACCGAGACCGCUCCAUCCGGCCACAUCGUCGAGGACAUCGUCCGAGGGACGAUCUUCUGGGAAGCCGACUACGAAGAACCCGCGACAUCCAGCGAUAGUCUUCGCCAAAGCGUCAGCAGCGAAAGCUCUGCCGCCACCACCCACAGCGGUGAGAAGUCCCCCACCGACAGCGCCAACGGCAUCCCCACCAUCAUCAGCAGCAGCAGCAACAGCAACAGCAACAACAACAACAACAAAGCCUUCGACGAGAAGAGCCCCAGUCGUCGCUUUCAGGUCGAAUGGCGAUCUUUCCAAUGUGUGCCUUUCCGUCGGACCAAGGGCAUGCGCAAUUCUUGGAACGAUAACAAGGAGGUCAAGGUUGCGCGUGACGGUACGGAGUUGGAGACCGAAGUGGGUAAGCAGCUGGUGGCUUUGUUCCAUGGUCCUAAUGGCGCGGGAUCUGCUGCUGCUGUGACCGCUGCUGUUGCUGUCACAGCUGCGGCCGCUUCCUCCUCUGUUGCUGCCGUCGCUCCUAUUCCGAAUGUGGUCGGAGGAGGUGGAGUGGAGAUUGUGCAGAAACAUCGGUCGGUGAGCUCGUGA